AUGGAGGAUCGAAAGGACGACAUCAAGGUCCGCGACGCUCUAUGCGAGGGCAUAACAAUUCACUCAGGUGCCCCCAUCGACAGGCGCAUGAAGGAGCUUUUCACCAAGCUCCUCAGCAAGCGCGUCUUCUCCGAAGUUUCCUGGCUUCGACGACAGAAGCUCGUCACUCCCGACCACUUGUUCUGGUUCGCUUGGGAGGUCAUGUCCGCGCGCAAACGCGCCACCAACAACCCCCUCCAGGACUUGAACCUCAACUUCAAGAAGAAUCAAAUGACCUUUGUUCAUACGGCUGACAAGCUCCUCAACUUCAUGGAGGAGCACCGCGAUUCCUGGAUGCCGGACGGCAUCAAACUGCACAUGGGCGAAUACCGAGACCCGGCAAAGGAGCACGAGCUCGAAGACUUCGAGCCGAGCCACGACCAGCCCGAGGGCCUCGAGCAAGGCAGCAUGCUCGAGGCCAUGGACGCAAUCAACGAAAGCGUCGAGGAGCAAGAGGCCGAAGAGGCCACCGAGAACGCCAGGUUCGAGGCAGCCAUUGAAAUGGCAGGAGAUGCAGCAUUCGUCGACGAGAUCAACCAGAUGACGAUUGGCGACAGGGCUGCAGGGUACUCUGUGCCUGUCGAGUCCAGUGACGAGGAGGAGGACGACGAUGACGACGACGAAGAUGACGAGGAAGAGGGCGAGGAGGGCGAGGAGCAGGAAGAUGUGGAGAUGGAGGAUAUAGAGGAGUAG